CACACACACACACACACUGAUGAUAGAUGCAACAGUCUGUCCAGGUAACAUCAGGAGGUUAAUAGCUCAGUACAAACCAUAUUAAACUGAAUGUAUAUUCCAGCUGUGGUCCAGUGUCUCUGACAUCAUCAUACCUGCAAACUAGUCACCUUUUGGCGAAAUUCGCCGUUUUCAACUCAAAAUAUGUCAUUGAUGUGAAUCGUGUAGAUCCGAAGAGUGUUUUUUUUAGGGGGGGCGACGACUGACCGACCAACCAUAGACUGUAUAACCGACUGUAUAAUGAGCAAGAAACAAGUUUGCUAUCUUCACAGUAAAUCAAAUCUUUGUUCAAAUGACUGGCGUUCCACGACCACCGACCAAUCAUAAGCAAGAUAACCCACAGCGCGCUUUUACCCAUCGGUCCCUCUUGGAGUGGAGUGCUCAGUCGCCAGCGAGUGGUUCUUCUGGACAAUUUUUGGGAUACGUUACAGAUACAAGUUUUGAGGACGGUGAGUCCGUGGACCGCUGCCUGCAGUCGACUCUCUCCUCCCUUUACCCCCCCUACCAGCUGACGGCCCCCACCCUCCUGCCUCAGGUACUCAGGGUGGUGCAGGGCCGUUACCGUGGCGACGCGCUGCACUUCCUGCUGCAUUUCCUGCUGCCGGCCAAGCAGCUGCUGGAGGAGCUGCAACAGCACGCCUGUGUGCAGUACGGGGGUCUCCUCCUCCGUCACCCUGGCUGGCCGCUCUGCCUCCAGGAAAAGCUGGUGGUGCAGCUCAGUCCUCUGGAUCUGAACCUCCUCCACCCGGGAGACUUCUACUUCCUGGUUUCUCCUCCUCCCUCCCGCCCACACAGCUCCUCCUCCCCCCUGCCCCCCCGCGUACUCCUGGUCAGCACCUCCCCCUGCAGGCAGCAUGUGGAGCAGCAGGAGGUGCAGGUAGAGCGGCUUUUCAGCAUGGAGUGGCUGGACUCAGUGAACCGGCAGCGGCAGCAGAGAGGAGCGCCACCCCCCCCUGCAGCGCCUCCUGCUGGCCGCCGGGGGAGAUGUGUUCAGACUCCCCUGGGAGGACCUGGUGUUCCCCCAGUUCAUCAACCGCAGGAAGGAGGAGCCUGAAGAU